GUGGUUUCUGUUACAGAUUCUGGAAACUAUGUUUCUAUGGGCGCUAAUUACAGGCACAGAACUUUUUUUUUGUUAUGUAAUCUGUGUUGUUUCUACUUCUAUGAAUUGACCAGAGACUUUCUCUAUGGAAUUGACAGUGAUUUCUGUGUUUACCAGUUUUUUCAGAUUUUCGGUGUUUUUGAUAAAUAAAUAAAAAAUUAUUAUGGGUGAUUUUAGUCUUAAUAUUGAAGGAAGGAUUGGCGUUGAUGAUGUAAAGUUAGAAGAAAAAUUAGGAGUCAUUGACGUUUCUGAACAAUUCAUAGAUGAAAAAGGAGUUCAUGAAAGGGAAGAAUAUGUUUUCAAGAAAGAAGAAAGUUCCUCGAACAACCCAGUUACAGAAGACGAUGCUUUCAGUUUUGAAGAUCACAGAGAAGAUUCCAUAAAUUCUGAUCAUUUGGAUAUUGAGGAUCACAGCUGUGAAUAUGCGUCAAGAGCAAAAUGUGAACUUGAUGCACAAUCCAAAUCUGUUGAUUUGAAAAUCAAGUAUCACAAGUGUGAUUUAUGUGACUUUUUCUCGAGAAGAAAAGGUAAUCUUCAGAGUCAUAUCAACUCUAUUCAUUUGAAGAUAAAGAAUCACAAAUGUCACAUGUGUGACUAUGCAGCGAGUGUGAAACAUAAACUUGAUACACAUGUCAAGUCUGUUCAUUUGAAAAUUAAGGAUCAAAAGUGUCAUCUAUGUGACUUUGCCACAUUUCAAAAAAGCUCACUUCAGGCUCACAUCAAAUCUAUUCAUUUAAAAUUGAGGAAUUACAAAUGCCACGUGUGUGAAUAUGCAGCGAACAAUAAACGUACACUUGAUGUACAUCUAAAAUCUGUUCAUUUGGAUAUUAAGGAUCACAAGUGUCACCUAUGUGACUAUGCCACCAGUAGAAAGAGCAAACUUCAACGUCAUAUCAAGUCUAUUCAUCUGAAGAUAAAAAAUCACAAAUGCCACAUGUGCGAAUAUGCUGCGAGUGAAAAACAAAAACUUGAUUCACACGUGAAAACUGUUCAUUUGAAAAUUAAGGAUCACAAGUGUCACCUAUGUGACUAUGCCACAAAUGAAAAACACACACUUCGAGUACAUAUAAACUCCGUUCAUUUGAAAAUUAAGGAUCACAAGUGCCACAUGUGUGAAUAUGCUGCGAGUACAAAAUAUUCACUUCAAAUGCAUGUAAAAUCUGUUCAUUUGAAUAUAAAACCCCACAAGUGUAAGUUUUGUAAUUAUGCCACAAGUACGAAAGAAUACCUUAACAGUCAUGUUAAUUUUGUUCAUUUGAAUAUCAAACAGUUUAAUAAGUGUAAUCUGUGUGAUUAUGCUGCACAUCAUAAAGUGGUACUCGAUCAGCACAUCAAAACUGUACAUUUGAAAAUUAAGGAUCGCAAGUGUCACUUGUGUGACUAUGCUGCGAGUACUAAAAGUAGGCUUGAGAUACAUGUGAACAGUGUUCAUUUGAAUAUCAAGAAGCACAAGUGCGAUUUGUGUGACUAUGCCGCGAAUAAUAAACAUAUUAUCGAACAACAUGUAAAAUCCGUUCAUUUGAAUAUUAAGGAGCAGUGCCAUUUAUGCGAGUACGCUGCAGGUAGCAAGCAUAAACUCCAGAGGCAUAUCAACUCUGUUCAUUUGAAAAUUAAGGAUCACAAAUGCCACUUGUGUGAAUAUGCAGCGAGUGAGAAACGUAAACUUGAUAUACACAUAAAAACCGUACAUUUAAAAAUCAAAGAAUACAAAUGUGAGCUGUGUGAGUACGUUGCAAGUAGAAAAGACACCCUUCAGAAUCACAUCAAGAAUAUUCAUUCGAGAACAGAGAAUCUCGAGUGCUCAAUGUGCAUCUAGUGACAAGCAUCAACUUGAGCAACAUGUAAAAUCUGUCCAUUUGAAAAUUAAAGAACAGUACCAUUUGUGCGAGUAUGCUGCAUGUAACAAACACACUCUCCAGAG